CUGAAGGUGGUAACGUAUCCCCACAACCUCACAGAGGAGAAGUGGUCUUGCAGGAGUAAACAUGAAUGGUCCCCUUUGCUACACAGGGUCUGCCCUGGUUUGCAUUUGGAUGAGAGAAUACACAGCUCCUUGCACAGGAACAUCACAGUUCAAACAGGAAGUUCACAGAUCAAACAGGAUGCUGAGCGGGGUGCAUUGCCGGCUUGAGAAUCCACCCUGGAAUUUAGGAAGUUUGGCCUUUGCGACGACCCUAAUCCUUACCCUGGUCUGUAAAGGUACACUAAGCCAGGACAUAGAAUAUUCACUAACAGUGACGAAUUCUGUCAUGGUGGCGCAAGACUUCUGUGUUCACGUUCCCUGCAACUUCACUAUUCCAGAGUGGUACAAGACCAGCCCAGCGCCACUAUAUAUUUACUGGUUACAGAUUUCAAACAAGAAAUACUAUUUGAAACCCAACUACUGGGUCAGAGGUCACCUUGUGGCCACCAAUGACAAAGCGCAGAGGACUUCAGGCCGUUUCCUUUUAACGGGGGAUCCAGAUCAAGGCGACUGCUCCUUCAGCGUCCUUAAAACCCAACCAGGGGAUGGGGGGUGGUACUACUUAAGAAUCGAUAAAGGAACGAAGUUCCGGUUCAGCUAUACCGGUACUCAUGAACGCCAUUAUCCAUAUCCUUUUUUUUAUGUUGCAAAUCAGCCUCUGGUGUUUGACUUGAUUCAUCCCUCUAAUGUGGUUUGGGCAAAGCCACUCACUAUAAGCUGCAACGCACCCGCCAUCUGCCGUGGGCCCCCACCCCAAAUCUCCUGGCUUUCUGUGCCAGACCGUUACAUCCAGUCCCCAUGGAACUACCAGCGCAGCCAAUGGAGCUGGGAUUAUGGAUCGAACAUCACCUUCACGCCCAUCCUCGCUGACCAGGGCAAAGUCAUUCACUGCAAGGUUGUGUUCCCUUCAGCUGCAAAUCGAACCAGACUGAAACCCCUCCGUCUUAGCUUUGCCUAUGGCCCCAGGCUCAGCCACCAACAAACCAAUUCCACAUGUCAGCGUAAGGACAUUGCUCUCCUCUGUACCUGCUCUUUGCACUCCUGGCCCCCACCCCAGAUCCAGUGGAAGGUGGAUGAGGAGAUCAUCAAUGAGACCAGCACCAUUGUAGGCCAACAGAUCACUUCCAGGACUGAGGGGAAUGAGGUCACCAGCUUCCUCAAUUGGACGAAUUACAUAAACCAAAGCCACAUAAUUAUCUGCUUCGGAAGCAAUCCUUUUGGGAAUUAUUCUGUGCAACUCACACCCAUCAAAAGUCUAAAAGGUGUCCGAUCCAAGUGGUUUUAUGGGGUCAUUUCUGGGAUUGUGAUUGGAACCUUGGUUCUGCUGGUAAUCGUCGGGAUGCUGUUAUCUUUCACCUACCGUGCCAUUCGCCGAAGGAGACCAAGACCGAACGCAUCUUCUUCCCGGGCGCCCAUCACUUCCAGUCACAGCGUUAUUCCCUCCCAUGGAGAGGUUCUGUGACAUGGAAAUCCAUCGGUGUACAGCAAGUUUAGAUGGCCAGCGAGGACUCCACAGUCAAUUCCUUGACUUUCCAGUUCCUGAUUUUCCAUUCCACUGACUACUUCCAGAAGACAUCUAUGCCUUCCAAUCACCAUCCAGCAUUAGCAGGGCCCAGCACCUAAGCCCUCUCAUGCAACACUGCUUCACACCAUUUUAAUCCCGCCUCCUCAUUCGAUGUGUUUGACUGAUUGUGCUAGAUAUAUGACAAAGUCAACCAAAAAUGUUAACAAUAAUUUAAAAAAAAAACCAUCAGUGAAAUGCAAUGAACAA